CUGGAAACGGUUUGACGGUUGCAUUUAUCUUCAUUAAAAAAACAGGCAACACCAACCCUGGCAGCUCGUAUCCAUGACAAAAAUGAGGUGGUCGGGCCAAGGAGUGUCACCGUCAGGGUCGCAAUAUUUAAACUGUUGUAUUCUUUUGAUGGUAUAAGACUGUGUCGUUCCCUCUUGGAGGAAAUGGUCAAACCCGCCACUUGUAUCAUCAUUGAGAUCUACCACACAUACAACCAUCCUUAUUCCGUGCUUACAGCAAUAGAGCAGUGGCCUUACAAUCUCGCAACCUCACUCAGUCAAAAUGCGUUUCUCAACAAUAUUCGCCGCCGUCGCUGCGGCUCUUCCGGCUGCCACGGCACCGACCGCGGUUUCUCUUAUGGCUGCCGGCCCUACGGACCCCACACCGGUCGAUGUUCUCAUGAUGAAGCCGGGACAGUUCAACUACAACUGGACCGUCACCAACUGGGAGGCCGGAUGCGCCCGUGGUGGAUGCUACUACGGGUUUGACAUUGCCGCAGAGGAGUACACGGGCUACCCCAAUGCUCCAGCCUUCAAGGCUCACUGCGAUGGACAAAACGAGGGCGCUCCGUACACCGUCUGUGAGAUGAAAGACGGUGGCUCUGCCGCCAGGCGAGUGUCGGCUCGCCUUCUCGAGAGGAACUCCUCCGACCCCGUAUACAUAAGGGUGUCCUACCAGUACGCCGACAGCCAGCCCAACGCCUACUUUAACUGGACUGGCACGGGGGAGGCCAGUUACAACCAGUUUGUUGCGCCGGCCCAGACCUUCAACGUUACGCCCUCUGAGGUUUUCGGCGUCGCCUAAGGUCUGUUUGGGUAACGGUAACAGUGGGAUGGAACAUGGGAAGGCAAAAAAUGAAAUCAUGACCAUGACGAUUGUUAAUCAUACGCGGGUACGAUUUUUUUGUAUCCUAUAACUAAUCUG